AUGCGCAACUGGAAUGAAAUAUUCCAGAUCGAAGAUCUGACCCGCAGCGUUCAGACGCACAGGAAGGCGCCUCGGUUCAUGAUGGAGUUGUACGAUGCUGUUGCGGACUCGAACGGAACACUGAAAAGCAUGAAAGGCCUGAAAGGAAAUAUUGUUAGAAGUUUCGAAGGACAGUCCAGCGGCUCGUAUCACUUCUUCAAUCUGACAUCAUUCAGACCGGACGAGCGCGUCAUCAGAGCAGAAUUCCGAUGGUUUCGUCAUCAACAGCCUUUUAUGGGACGUCAUCAUUUUUACAAAGUUGACCUGUAUGAAGUGAUGGACAGCAGACCUAAACCUUGGCGAGGGAACUUUAUAAGCUCAAGGUUAUUACCCAUCUACACUAAAGGAUGGGAGGUCUUCAACAUCACACAAAUGGUGACCAAAUGGAUUCUUAACAGCGGUACAAAUAAUGGUAUCGUGGUCGUGACUGCUUUACCUGCAGGUGACUGGUUUGAUUCCAGCAUUCAGAUGAAGGGGCAGUCAGGCCAAACAAAUGCAUAUUUGGUUAUAUAUUCAGAUGAUGGACAAAAGCACUACCAACACCCACCUUUCUACACAGGACAAAAUAUCACCACAUCCCUUAAACUCCUCGAGCCUAUAGCAAGUUCAGUGGAGUCAACAAUGCACAACCGCAGAAGUGUGCGCGCAUUAACCUCUACUUGCCAGAGAACAAACCUCUACGUAGACUUCACUAAAAUCGGCUGGUCAGGGUGGAUAAUAUCUCCCAGAGGUUAUAAUGCGUACAGUUGCGCGGGCUCCUGUCCGUUUCCGCUGGGUGAAGGUCUACGGGCUACAAAUCACGCUACUGUGAGAUCCAUCAUGAACGCACUGAAACUAUCACAGGAGGCGGGGAGACCCUGCUGUGUGCCAGAUGUGCUUCACCCCAUCAGUCUCCUGUACUUCGACGACGAGGAAAACGUUGUUCUGAAACAGUACGAUGACAUGGUUGCUGGCAGUUGUGGCUGCCAUUAA